AUGGCUUCAGACAAAAAUAUCACAAGAAAAAUAUUACAAGAAAGGAUACUAAAAAUUGUGCCCAUGUUUAAUUACUUAUGGCAAAAUGAUGAUUAUACCAAAGAUGUAUUAGCUGGAGAGUAUGACUUAUGGUUUAACAUGUGGCAAAAUCAAUCCAGCAAUAUUGAAAUUAAAGUACCAAGCACUGCUAUAUCCUCACUGAUGGUUUGUUCUAAAGAUAUGUUCCCUAUAAUUUCUUCAUUAUUAAGAAUAUUAUCGACAUUGCCUGUUAGCACUGCUACUGCUGAAAGAAGUUUUUCGACUUUGAAGCGAGUGAAAACAUGGCUUCGUACUACCAUUAGCCAGGAAAGGUUAAAUGACUUAUGUCUUCUUAAUGUACAUAGAGAUCUUAAUAUGUAUGAUAAAAAUGAAAUCAUUAUAAAUAAUUUUGCUUCCAAAAAUAAACGUAGGUUAGAUUUUGUAUUAUAG